UUUUCAUUCACUUUAAUGUCAUAUUCCCUGUUCUACUUCACAAAGGUUAUUUUUUGUGCCCACUUGUUCACAUCCAAAUUGCUUAGUCCCUUAAACGGUCAUCAUCGUCUUAGUUAAAAUUAUCAGUCUUCUCCCCUCGUUUAAUGACGGACACUGCCUACGAUCCGUAUGCAAAUCGCAAUGUGGACAAGCCAAUAUCUAACUUUGGAGCCUUCGUUUCCGUGAUAAAGUGCGUCGUGGGAACUGGUGUCCUGGCCCUGCCCAUGGCGUUCAAGUAUGCGGGAACCAUCCUGGGCCCGCUUCUCCUCAUAGCCACUGCAUUCGUCCUCAUCCACGGCAUUCAAAUGCUGAUCAUGUGCAUGGUGGAGUGCUCCCGGCGAGCGCAGGUUGGGUACACCAACUUCCCGGACUCGAUGGCCUACUCCUUUGCCCAGGGGCCCAAGUGCUUCAGGUACAUAGCCACGGCUGCGGGCUACGUGGCGGACAUCACGCUGUGCAUUGCGCACUACGGCAUCUGCGUGGUCUACCUGGUGUUCGUCUCCAGCAACUUUUCAAAUGUCUUGGAACGCUACAUCGAUAUCGGGGACCUGCGGUAUUACAUCGCCAUAUUUGGGCUACUGAGCGUACCCUUCUUCUGUAUCAUUCACCUAAAGUAUCUGGUACCCCUCAAUAUAAUCGCCAACAUCCUCAUCUACAUUGGAUUCGCCAUGAUUUUCUACUACAUCUUUCAAGAUCUGCAGCCCUUUAGCGAUCUUUCGUUCUUCGGCGAUCCCAUGAGGCUUCCCCAAUUCUUCGGAAUAGUGCUCUUCUCCAUUUCUUCAGUGGGGGUGUUUAUCGCCGUCGAGUCCAAGAUGGCUCACCCCCAAAAGUUCAUCGGGUGGUUCGGUGUCCUGGAUAUUGCAGCCAUAGUCGUGGUCAUCUCUUACAUUAUCUUCGGAAUUUUCGGCUACUGGCGGUACGGAGAUGGAAUAGCAGCUUCGUUGACCCUCAACCUUCCGGAAGAACCAUUGAGCCUUGCGAUCCAAAUAAUACUCGCGACGGACAUCUUCCUGACGUUUCCGCUCUCCGGAUAUGUAGUGAUUAACAUCAUCAUGACCCACUUCUGGAACAAACGUGGGGACCUGAAGCGGGCCGUGCUGAAGGAAAUCAUUCUUCGGAUUGGCUUUGUAGUGCUCGCAACCCUCAAUGGAGUCGCCUUCCCGGAUCUGGGUCCUCUGCUGGCCCUGGUCGGAGCCCUGACCCUGUCGCUGCUGAAUCUCGUCUUUCCGGCCUUCAUGGAGAUUUGCCUGAACUACCCAGAGGGGUAUUCCUAUGGGCGGUAUAAGUGGAAGCUCGUCAAGGACAUCGUUAUGAUCACUUUCGGUGUACUCAUUCUGGUGCAAGGCACCAUAUUUUCCAUAAUCGAUAUGGUUGUUUACUAUGGACAUAUGUAAAGGUAAAAUGCGAUGAGCAAGCAAUACAACCUCAUCCAAGGAAGCUACGCCACAAAUCCUGAAAAGUGAUGACUAGUUGCCUAAUUUGUUGUAUCUCUUAACGCUUUUAUUAUUAUACGUAUAGUCUAAAAUCAA